AUGGAGGAGGCAUCCAUAAUAGUGGCCAGCCCGUGGAUUACGUGCUUCUGUGUCGUCAAGUUUGAUCUGGAAUACGGACACACUCUCGAGGAAUGUCAACCAGAGGUGUCUUUGCCACCAGAAGAGCAGAAGAACAUAGCCUUCCUUUCGUUCCCGGACUGCAACGUCAACACCAGCUCGGACUCCCUGUUCACCUUCCGCACACGCAAGGGCGACCGACGCCUCAACCAGUUUCAUCACGGCUACGCCUACUUUCGACAGCAAAAGGACGAGACAUCGUCUCGAGGCUACCUCCAGAAAUCAAUUGUGGUGCUCUCUCCACUGCUGCACGCCCACUUCUUCAAGCGGCUCAUCAAGCUGGUGGGCCACCUCUACUUUAAGCGCGGCCCGUCGGUUCUCGCUACCGCCGUCGACGACAUCCGCUCGUGGCCCGAGCCGGAGCCGGGCAAGAGCUACGAGCUGCCGCUACUGGGUUGGGUCCUACGCGUGCAGCUGCCCGCCAGUCCGCGCUCCGCCUCACCGCUCUUCGCGCCGCCGACCUCCGCACCCUGCCCGUCUUCUUCAUCGCCCGCCUCAGCGUCGACACAAUUGCUGGUCGGCAGUCCGCCGACGUCGGCCUCGCCGCCUCGGCCUUCGCCGUCGGCGUCGGCGCCCGCCACCACCACCACGGUUCCCGAAGCGUUGAAGGGCUACUCGCACGAGGGCGCCGAGCUGUUCAAGGGCCUCGGCAGUGCGCUGAGCCACCUCUGGCAUCUCUGGGAACUGUUGUCCUACUGCGGCGAUUUCCGGCCGUACUUCACGAUUCACGACCGCGACUACAACGAAUACGCCAAGGCCCACCCCGAGUGCUUGCCCGGUGCCAUCAUCGGAGUGACCAACCCGCACUUCAGCCACGUGCUGGCCCACUGGCCCCACACGCUCCACAUCGGCAAGUCGGCCCCGCGCGUGCUCGUGCGCAAGCAGGCAGGCGACCCCAGGGCACAGGCCUCCACGUCGACCACCACCGCAACUGCGCACAAGAAUAACAAGCCGACGACGCGCUCCACCGCUACCGCCGUCGCUCUCGGCAAUAGCGGUCCACCCGCGUCCAAGCCCUGGCGCUCGAGCAGCGUCGAUGGGAGCAGCCGCAGCUACAGCGACUCGACCCUCAGCGAUUCGCAUCUCCACGACGACGACGACGACAGCAGCAGCGGCGACAGCGGAGAUGACGAUGGUAGUGGCGACGAUGAUGACGACGAUGUCGAUGACCACAGCCCACGGAAGGGCUCGGUCCCGAUCCCCAUCAUCAACACCAACGCCACCACCUCGUCCGCCGCGAGCCGCAGUGGCAGAAGCAGCAGCAGCACCACCAAAGGCAACACGAGCUUCAGCUUCGGCGGAACGAGGGGCGUGUUCGACGUGCUGCGCGAGAAGAUGAGCAUCGGCCGGCUGCCCAUUAAGGCCGGCGCAGGCCUGUCGCCCGACGGCCGCUCGCCGGCCUCGCCCGGCCGCGUGGGCCGCUCGCGCUCCAUCAGCUCUGCCCACCUGCCGGGCUCGCCCGCCGCACACAUCCACACAAAGCCCCAGCGAAACAGCACCACCAAUGUGGACUCGAAAAUGAAGCCGCUUGUGGUGGUCAACAAGCGGGUGCUCAAGCAGCUCCUGGUGCCCGACCGGCCCGGGGCCUACUACAACGAGCUCAUCCGGCGGCACUUUCACCGGCUGACGGAGGUGUUCCUGCGGCCGCUCGAGCAGUACUUUGCCUCGCUGGUCCCGGCCGCCAGCACCGUGUCGCCCUUCAAGCCCGCCCCGCGCAUCGCCGCCUUCAGCGAAGACAACUUCCUCAAGUCACUCUGCCGAGACGACGGAGCGUAUUUGACGGGCAGCGCGUCGGGUGAUCAGCUGCUCUACAAGCGAUUCCUGCGAUCCCAGAACUACUACGGCUGGCUCCAGCGCCGCGAAAGCGAAGCCACGACUCAGCUCCAGCGAUGGUACCUGCGGGCGUUCCUGAGCUCCAAGGUGCCACCCAUCCUGCGACGAAAGGCUGAAAUCGAGAUUGUCGACUUCUACCUCCUCUUCCAGGCCAAUCUAAACGCCGGCGGAAUGCAGAUGAAGAAGGCAGAAGAGGGCUCGAUGGACGCGGAGCGGGUGGAGGCCUGCUCGGAGGCCAUCCUCGCCUGUCUGCCAAGCGAUCUCGCCCAAUCCAUCCUCGUCCAGGAAAAGGCGCGGGCUGCGCAGUCUGCCCUCAGCGGCGUCGAGGAAGACGGCAGCGGUGGCGAGAGCGGCGACAACAGCGAUUAG